AUCUAUGUUAUUGAGUGAGGUUAUGCUCAAAUAACACAGUUUUAGUUUGAAGCUUGUUCUGUGUGGUUUUUAAAUGAAAAAACCAUGGAAGACAACUACUUAAUUAUGGCAACUGGUGGUUAUGACCACACCAUCAAACUAUGGCAAGCACACGCCGGAAUAUGUCACAGAACAAUGCAACACAGUGAAUCCCAAGUGAACGCGUUGGUGAUUUCACCUGACAAAAAAUACUUGACGACCGCCAGUUACCAACACAUCUACAUGUAUGACCUGCCUUCAAGCAACCAAAAUGCUGUCAUCAAUUAUGAAGGUACAACAAAAAAUGUGACGUGCGUUGGCUUUAAUUUAGAUGGGAGAUGGAUGUAUUCGGGGGGCGAGGAUGGCAGAGCUCGAAUAUGGGACGUGCGCUCCAGAAAUAACUCGUGUCCUAAAAUUUUUGAGGUGCAGUCCCCUAUUACCUGUGUCUGUUUGCAUCCCAAUCAAGUUGAGUUGUUUGUCGGUGAUCAGAAUGGUGUCAUUUAUCGAUGGGAUCUCAGGACAAACAACUACGAAGAAUUAAUUCCAGAAAAUGAUGCUAUGAUUUUGGAUAUUGACAUAGAUCCUUCCUGUAAAUAUAUGGCCUCAGUUAACAACAAAGGCCGGUGUUACAUUUGGAGUUUAGAAUAUGGCAAGACAGAUACUCCUACUAAACUAUUGCCAAAGCACAAAUUUGAAGCACACAAAAGACAUGCACUGAAAUGUAAAUUCAGUCCAAACUCAGAAUAUUUAAUUACCACAUCAGCUGAUCAAACUGCCAAAAUUUGGUCAUUACCAAGCUUUUCUCUGCAUCAAGACUUAAAACAGGACAACCAGAGAUGGGUUUGGGAUGCAGCAUUCAGUGCUGACUCACAAUAUGUUUUUACAGCUUCCUCAGAUGGUUUGGCAAAACUGUGGAGUGUGAAUACUGGUGCAAUGGAAAGACAAUAUGCUGGCCAUCAAAAGGCUGUGACUGCUUUAGCAUUAAUGGAUAUAGCUUUAUCACAAGUUGGUUAGGAUUUAAUUUUGUACAUAUUUGAUUUUAAGUUGUUGUACUGAUUGUUAUACCUGGAUAAUAAAACACUUUUAACAUUAUAUAAAAUAUAUUCAUUUAUUUAACUUUACAUUUACAA